UCCCCCCAUUCAGCCACUAGCUGUAAUGUUCCUGUGUGUUUACUACUGUAUUUAGGAUAAGGACACAGUCACGUAUAUGCUCUGAGUCUUCAACAGAAAGUCUUGGUUUUAGUCGUUUUUAAAGGCAUCUCGUAGAAAUCCACCAUGCCUAAAAGAAAGCAACAGGGUGCUGAGGGUGAUGCAAAGGAAGAACCUCAGAGAAGAUCUGCGAGGUUAUCUGCAAAACCCGCUCCCCCCAAGCCUGAACCGAAGGCAAAAAAGCCAGCUAAGAAAGACAAAGUGGUUAAAGACAAGAAAGAAGACAAAAAGAACAAAGGGAAGGCCAAGGAGUCUACAGAGCCAGAGGCCAACGAGGAGAACCACUCAGAAAAUGGAGAAGCCAAGAGCAACGCGGUCGAGGAGACUCCAGCUGAAAAUAAGGAGGAAGCAAAGUCUGAGUAGCACCACUGCCUCGCAUCAGCCGUGUCUCCCUGUUCAGUCCCCUUUUUUCCAUCUUUCAAAAGCGCUCUCAUUCAUGCUGUUGCCCCUCUCUUCAAGGCAUAUUGUUAACAGAGGAAUAUUUUUAUCAAUGAUUUUAUAAGUAUCAGUACAGAUUUUUAGCACAAACUAAAGCUGAAUGCGGCAUACCUUGCAGAUCUGCAGCAGUAAAUAUUAGUUUCUGCAAGAUGAACACUAAAUUUUUUUAAUGCCAUUUUGUGAGUGUUAAUAGCUUGGUCUCAUAAGAGCAUAAAUGCGUCUACAGGUUUGAAUGGUUACCCUAUUUUUUUUUUUUUUUUUUUCUAUCCCCCUUAUCCAAAGUAUUUUACCAUAUAACAAGUGAUAUUUUUUUUGCCCCCCACAUUCUCUACUUUUUUUUUUUUUUUUUUUAACCUUAUAUGUGCAGUAAGUCUACUUGCUUUUUGUCUCUUUUACUAGAUUUUUUUUUUUUUCCACGUCAGUGUAUUAUUGUUAGUAUGGAGGAAUACCAGAAAAAAACAUCUGAAAAACAUUCCAGGGCAGAGAUACAUGGCCUGUUCUUUUCACCCUACCCUGCAUUAGUUCAAAAACAAUAUUUUAUCAUGAGCAGCUAAUCCAAAACUAUGCUGUUAUAUGAAAUUUUCUAAACAAUGAUAAUUUUUUUAGUAUGAAAUUCGAAUCUUUACUGAAGUAUGCAGGUGUUCAUGUACCCUAGCUGACGUUCUGGAUGUCUCUUAAUAAAUGAAACCUUCGAAUUUUCCUCA